AAAUUUCUCUAACCCUUACAAAUUCACAACUCUCUCCAUUAAUUCAUCUAUUACAACUUUCCAUGUUAAAAAUUCAAUUAUAACGUACAAAUUGAGAUUUCCAGAAAGGCAGAAACCCUUCGACGAGCUCGGAAACUCGAAUGUUCCAAAAAUUAAAGGAUUGGAGAUUCCGAAAAAGAGCCGCGAUUAAUUGGAUGUGUUACUGCUUGUUUGCAACUGGAAUUUUGGAGCGUUACAUUUAAUUCAAGUAUUAAUUUAAGCAAUGUUUGAGGGACUGGUUCGACAGCUCCUUCUUGGUUAUCUUGGUCGAUACAUUAAAGAUUUCCAGAAAGAGCAGCUAAAAAUCACAUUAUGGAAUGAGGAAGUUUUGUUUGAGAAUGUGGAACUUAUUCUUGAGGCAUUUGACUACCUUCAGUUGCCGGUUGCUCUCAAGCGAGGUCAUGUUGGUAGGUUAAGUAUAAAAAUCCCUUGGAAGAAGCUGGGUUGGGACCCUAUAAUAAUACUUUUGGAAGAUGUUUUCUUUUGUGCUGGUCCGCGCGAUGAUCAUGAGUGGAGCGCAGAUGCUGUUGAAGGAAGGGGACUAGCUGCUAAGAAAGCAAAGCUUGCCACUGCAGAGUUGGCGAAACUGUCAAGGCGUGUCUGUGAUAAUCAAGCAGGCCAAUCAUUGAUUUCACACGUUACUGGAAGGAUUCUUGAUAGCAUUCAAGUCUCCAUGAAGAAUGUCCAUAUAUUAUAUUGUGAAAUGCAUCCUCAGUCGAUGCAAUUUGGUACAAGAUUCUCGAGCUUGGUGAUUGCAAAGCAAACUUCUGUUGGGCCCUUGACUUCGAAGGCAAGAGGUGGCCAGGUCAACAAAUUUGUGGAGAUUCAUGGUCUGGGAAUUCACUGUGGCACCCUUGAACGAUUUCUGGGUUCCAUGGGAACUAAUGGUGCUGAAGAAAAUGAAUUGUGGCAAGGUGCAGUAACUGAUGUGGAUUUAAAUGACUAUAUAAUGAUGCCCUUUGAUCUCUCUCUUCAGGUGUCAAAGUCUGGAAAGCUUGAGCGUGAUGCUCCACAAUAUUCUGUUACUGCUGAGUUGACAAAACUGGUCAUGACCAUAAAUCCUGCUCAGCUACGGGACAUCUUGAAGUUCUCAGACUAUAUCUGCACAUGCCAGUUGAGGGAAAAGUACGGACGCUACCGUCCCUGGGAUUAUCCAUUAUCAAAGAAAUUGAAGGGAUGGCAGAAGAUUUGGUGGCACUAUGCUCAAGAAUCAGUACUUUCUGAUGUUCGUAAGAAACUGAAAAAAACAUCAUGGAGAUAUCUUGGGCAAAGAUUAUAUCAUCUUCGGAAAUAUGUGAACUUGUAUAAGAUCAAAUUGAAUUUCCUUCAGAGGGAUCAGCCAGUUGAUCAAGAUUUACUAUUUGAGCUGGAACAAAUUGAAAAGAAUUCUGAUAUAGAGGAUAUCUUACGGUUUCGAUCUGUGGCUGAAAAAGAGUUGGAGGAUUCUCUACACUCGGUAUCAUCCCAGGCUAUAGAAGGCAGUGCUCCUGCAGAAAAGAUACCAAAUGAUGAUGCUUCAACUGGUAGAGCUCGUGGAUGGCUGAACUGGUUAUCGCGUGGUGUGCUUGGUGCUGGAGGAACAGAUGAUUCUAGUCAGUUUUCUGGAGUAGUCUCAGAUGAGGUCUUAAAGGACAUUUGUGAAGCUACAAAGUUCCAGCCAAUGCCUUCUGUGAACUUUGCUUCCAAUGACGUAACAUUCCUAUUUGCAGUCAACUUCCACAUUACUGAGCUGUCAUUAUUGAUGAAGACCACAAAUUUGGCCCAAGAGAUAGCUGAGUUGAACUGCUGGUCCAUUCAUAUAGAGUUCAAUGGGUGGGAGGAUUCCACCAAUGUAAUAGCGAAGAUUGGGUCUGCAGAAGUCACAAAUCCUUCUAAGCAGAUGGCAAUAUUGCAAAUGAAAAAGCAACAGGUUAUCCCUGAAGAGAAUGUUUUGAUUAGUGAAGAAGGUUCUGCAAGCAUCCAAGUUGAUAUUUCAAUGAAGAACCAGAUGGAAGAAUUGAAGCUCACGGUAACGAUUCAGCCGGUUGAACUUUAUUUCGAUCUGACGUUUCUUCUUCAUUUCUUGGAGUUCUACAGUAUUUUGGAUCAUCAUAAAUCCUUGCAGCAAAGAGUCCUUUUGUCGCUUAAUGGGAUUAAAGAUGUCAAAAGUCGACUUCAAUCUAAAACAGAAUAUAUUUUGUCUUGUCGGCAGAGAGUCAUUUGGGAUCUUAAUUUUGUUAACAUCUCCAUCUGUCUUCCUUGGGAAAAUGUGAAGAAGGCAGAAACAUGCAGCAUGAUAAUACAGACUAAUGGUCUACGGGUGUCUUCCAACGUUGAUAUUCCUCCUGUUGCCAAAAGAAAAGAUCAAUUUCAGAUCAUGAGGAAGUGGCUUACUUUUGAAGAUGAUAAUGAUAUUCUAAAUGCAAUGCAGCUCAAUGACAUAUAUGACUCGUUUGAAGUGAGCAUGGAUGAUUUUCAGGUGUCCUUAAUCAUGCCCUGUUUACCUCAGGGAGUGCCAGUAGUUGAGAAAUUUUCUGCUUCUAUCUCGCUUGCUCAUUGCAUCAUCCCAGAUGAAAUGAUACUGAAGCAAUUGGAGGCUCAUCUUAUUGUAUCAUCACUCCAUGUACAUUUUUCUGCAGUCAUUCACGGUGCUUUCUUAAGCCUAGUGGAACAUCUUCACCUUUUAUCUUCUAACUCUAAGCAAGUCUGGAUGUCAAACUCUCUCUCACCAAGUAUGACAUCAAGUUAUCCAGCAAUGCCAUUUUGUUUCUCCAUAGCUGCAAUCUUUGAGCUGUUCAAAAUGGAAGUUGAUCUUGAUGAUGAUAGAGAUAAUUGCUCUAUUUUGCUGAUUGGUUUACAACAACUGAAUCUGAAGUUUGCUCAUAGUCAAGUUGAAAAUUGCUGGGUUUCUAUGAGAACAGUAGAGAUCACCAGCUACAGGCAGAUGGAUGAGAGUAGCAGCAACACUAUUUGCUCAUCCAGCAUGCCUAGUGGUGAAGCAGUAAGAAGUGAGGAUGCUGGUCAUGAUGAGUGUAAAAAAUCAUCGGAUGAGUCCCUUUUUUUACAUUAUAUACUUCACAGAAGGGGGCAGAUAAAUCAUCAUAAUUGCACUCUAUACUUGAGUGAGAUUGAAUUUCAUUGCUAUCCCUACAUGGUGCAAUUGCUAGUUCGUUUUUGUGACAAAUUAAUGUACGGUAGUUCUGGUGUUGAUAAAAGUUCUUUUCACCAUGAGUUGAAACCAACGGAUGUUCCUACUUUUGAAUUCCAGAGGUUUGGUAUGUCAAAUUUUUGUGAGAAUGGAUUUGCUGACUUGGCAAGCAUCCCCCUAGAUCAAUUCCCUUUUGUUGCAAUACGUAAUUCUGGUUGUCUCCGGAGUCUUAAUAGUGCCGUCAUCAUUCCCGAAUGGAGAAAAUUUAGAGCAAGAGACAAGAAUAUUAAGAAUCCAGACACUAAGAAGAAUCUAUAUUCACAAUCAGUGAAGGUCCCAGAGGUAGCUGACAACUGUGUCGAUUCGAGUUUUUUGUAUAUGCAGUUAGAUCUUGCCAAUGUCCGCAUACAUUUUCAUGAUUCGUCAUGUGUUUUGGGCCACAUUACUCUUCCUGUUGGUAAUGUCUCAGUUAUUAGUCAGUCAGACCAGUUUGAUGUACUUUCUUCGGUGGAAGGGCUGACUCUCUUUUCCGAGUGGUGGACAUGUAAAUUUCAGGAGUUUCUAUGGGGGCCUUCACCUCCUUAUCGUUCUCCUGUGCUGAAUGUACGAGUAAGAAAAGGAAUUGCUUACCAUAUGAAUUCUAAUUUGGAGAUAAGCUUUGGCAUUCAACAUGUUUGCUGUGUCAUACCUCCGGAAUAUUUAGCAAUAUUGAUAGGGUACUUCUCUUUACCUGAUUGGACAUCAGAUGAUAGUAAGAAUAAUUCUACAGACAAAACAGAGAAUAUUGAUUCAGAAAAUCAUGGAGCGAUUGUCUAUAAGUUUGAGAUAUUAGAAUCUAUCAUAAUAUCACCUGUUGAAAGCAAUAAUAAGCAAUUUCUGAAGCUUGAUCUACAACAGCUUUACUGCAGUUUUAUUGACAACGAUGUCUUGGAUGAAGCAUUGACUGUUACUUUGUCGGAGUUCUCAAUUCCAGUGGAUAAAGUGGCUGAUAGAGCUCACUCUUUGAACAUAUUUGGAUGGGAUUUGCAUCUUUCUUUUUUAACUCUCAAUGAUAUUGGCUGUGAUACUUCUAUAUCUGAUAAAAAACCUGAAUAUGAAAGCUGUACUUUAAUUCAGUCACUUGGUGUUGAUAUUUGGCUUAGGCUUUCAGGUGAAAUUCAAUCAUCUGCAACAGGCUCUCCAAUAUGUAUCAUGACAAAAAUUUCACAUUGUGAAUUUGUUGCUGAAGAUAAAAAUUUUCUGUGUGGGUUUGAAGCACUAGCAGAGGUAAUUGAUAUGUAUGCAUUGGUUGACAAGAAAUCCAUGUGUUUCACUAGCGACGUUCCUGGUUUUCUUUUGUUAACGAAGUCUCUCAAGGAUAGCAGUAAAGCAACUGCAGAAGAUUCAAGCAUGGUUGUGAUUGACAUUAGGUGCUGCGUCAAUUCAAUGUCUAUAAAUCUAAUCAGCUUGAAAAGAGACUCAAAUUCUCGAGAUGUGGUUGGGAGAAUGGAGAUGGGUUUUAUAUUAUCAGCAACUUUGAAAAAUGACAUGAUUUCAUGUUCGGAUAUCCAAUUCACUACGUUAAUGUUGUCUGCAUCACCUGAUCCGAUUUAUCUAGCGAAAUUUUUAUCAGAUGGCAGUUCUGCAUCAGUCUUUGAUAUUUGUCUUUCCAUUCAGCAAAACGAAACUGAGCUUUUGAUUGCAAUCCCUUCCUUAGAGAUAUGGUUUCAUCUAUCUGAUUGGCUUAUGUUGAUUGAUCAUGUGCGUUAUUGCAUUCUAAAACUCCCACUAGGUUCAGUUGUGGACACAUCUGAUUCAACUUCUGGGCUGGUGGAUCUUUCGGUUCCAACGUCCCUGCAAUCUCUGACUAUAUCAACUUCACAGUCAGAUAUAUUGGCACACAGUGCUGUUGCCAUAGUUGUGAAGUCUAAAAAAAUUGGCUUGUCAUGCCACAUACCUGUGUGGGUUAAUGAAGAGGCAUUUGCUCAAUCAGAGGACUUUGAUUCUAAUAGAGAAACUCUUAACGCAAUGAUUGGAGGGAAGGACAGCAAAUUCUUAACAGUUACCUUGCAGAGCCAAAGCAGUGAACUACAUGUUCAUGACCGUAAUGUGAAAUUUAAAACCAACUUUCACAAAGUAACUGGAUCGGUAGGGAUAUGUGAGAGUGGUUCUGUACAGUCGUGGCCUUUCUUCCAGCUGUCUCAGCUCGGGACGGAGAUCCAGAUUAUUGAAUGCGAGAAGGUCCCACUGACUGUCAAUGUGGAGGUCCAUUGUGAAUCUUUUGAUGUUUGGUUGUCACAACAAGUAUUCUACUUUUGGCAUGGUAUUGAGUUUGGAACAGCAGAAGCUGAUUAUUCGGAGAUCAGCUUUCGGAGUUUGGAUUUGAAAUUGCAACUAAAGAAGGUUUCUCUUUUGCUGACCGAUGGAAGGUGGAGCUGCAACGGGCCUUUGAUAGAGCUACUCAUGAGCAAUGUGCUCAUAACAAGUGUCCUCGUAGAAAAUACUGCAAAAAUCAUUGCUGAGGGAGACAUGCUUGUCAACUACAAUAACAUCCAUAAGGUGUUGUGGGAACCCUUUCUAGAGCCUUGGAGCUUUCAGAUUAAUAUGAUCAGAGAUCAUGACAAGAAUGCUCUUCUUCACAAUGGCAUUAUCACAGAUAUAGAACUUGUGUCAACCACUCAACUGAAUAUAAAUAUCACAAAAUCACUCUGUGAGGUUAUAUUAAGGGCUAUUGAGAUGAUUAAGGAAGCUAGGAGCCUGGUGCAGAUAUAUGAGGUUCCUAAGAGCCAAAGACUUCAGAAUCUUCAAUGUUUUGAAAAUUUGGGCGUAAGAAGAUAUGCUUCUUAUACUAUUCAUAAUAUGACCUCGUUGCCCUUAGUCUUCCAUGUCUAUCAAGGGCUUGGCAGCGCUGAGAAUGUUGAUGUUUCAAUAUCAGCAUACAACAACACUGUUCCACCAGGUGCUUCUAUUCCUAUUUACAUUGAUGGGACACUAGAGGAACAAGCAUUUAGUUAUAGACUGGCUUCUUCCUCCGAAGGAUUUAGCAGGAAAUUAUCAAACAGGGCCGAGCAUUAUUUCAUGACUAUCCAAUUUGAGGGUACUUCUGACAGAUCAGAACCAAUCUCCAUGGAUCUUGUUGGUCUCACAUACUUUGAGGUAAACUUUUCAAACGACAACAAGAGGGAAGAUGCAAAUGUUGGGCUUCUUGUACCUGUAGUGUUUGAUGUCUCUUUGCAGCGGUAUAGCAAGCUUAUCCAACUGUAUUCCACUGUCAUAUUCAAAAAUUCAACAUCAAUGCCAUUGGAGCUACGAUUUGACAUUCCGUUUGGCAUGUCCUCAAAGAUUGUAGAUCCAAUAUAUCCUGGCGAGGAAUUUCCUCUUCCUUUACAUCUGGCAGAAGCAGGUCACAUGAGGUGGCGUCCUCGUGGUAACAGCUAUUUGUGGAGUGAAGUGCAUAAUCUUUCGAUGAUUCUCUCAACUGCAAACAGGAGUGGGUUUUUGAGAUCUCUUGCUUGCAAUCCAUCUCAUCCAAGCAGUUAUUUGUUUCGUUGUUGCCUAUCAGUUCAAGACACAAGCUUAUCUUUAUCUGGGAGACUGGCAAGGGGAUCACCCUAUCUCAAUAACUCUGUGAAGCAGUCAGCCACAGCUUGUGAUCAGCUACACAAUUCUAAAAGGUCAAAGACCAGGUUCAUUCAUCGUGUGACGCUGACUACACCAUUAACUGUUAAAAAUUAUCUUCCCCAUGCAAUCUCUAUUACUAUAGAAGGUGGUGGAGCCACUCACACAGCCGUAGUAAGGGAGGAAGAAGCCUCAUUUUUCCAUGUUGAUUCUUCACAUGAUCUGGAUAUGACGUUCAAUAUUGAUGGAUUUAAACCAGCAGCAGUUAAAUUCCCGCGGGCAGAAACAUUCUGCUCAACAGCUAAGCCCAGUGGAAUUGUAUUAUCAAUGACAGAGACUAUUACGUUUAGUGCUGACUUGUCUGAUGGCUCUACAUAUGUUACAACUGAGAAGAGGAUGGAUUCAUUGUCUGGUGCUCGGGAACUUUGCAUUUCUGUUCCAUUUUUGUUGUACAAUUGCACAGGAUUCGCACUGACAGUUUCAAGAUCUGACCGUGAACUAAAAGGAAACUAUCGUGUUGUUUCGAGUUGCUAUGACUCGACUGAGGAAGGAUUCUUUAUUGAUCAAAAAAAUGGGCUUCAUCUCUUACCAUCUGAGGAUAGGCCAGAACCUAGAACCUUAAACUUGGUCAAUGAAAGUUAUCUGUCAAAGAAUCAUAUUAUCUGUUCCAAAGAAAUUGUCAGUCCACAUUCAGGAAUCUUCCUAACGCAGUCAUCAAUUUCACAUGGCUCUAUAUACCGUCAUCAAUCUGUGAACCAGUUGGAUUUGACCAUACAAGAGGAUUCAAUAAAAAACUUGAAUAAAGUCUCCAAUGUUCCAAGUAAUGAGUGUCUAAAAGCUAAGCCGGUUAUGUACUCCCCCGAUCCAAGUGCAGUUCCUAGUGAAAUAAUGGUCAGAAUAAGCAGAUACCAUGCCGAAUGCCCCAUAGAACACAUACCAAGCUCAUCAUGGUCAAGCCCCUUUUUCCUUGUUGCUCCUAGUGGGUCAACUGCUGUUUUGGUUCCACAACCAUCUACAAGUUCUGCAGCUGUUAUAUCUGUGACCUCACAUCUACUUGAUACACCACUUAUGGGGCGGACUAGAGCCAUCACGUUCCAGCCAAGAUAUGUGAUAAGUAAUGCAUGCAGCAAGCCUUUAUGCUAUAAACAGAAGGGCACCGAUUUUGUGUUCCAUUUAGGCGUUGGUCAACACUCUCAUCUUCAUUGGAUAGACACAACAAGGGAGUUACUUCUUGCAGUCCGUUUUGAUGAACCUGGAUGGCAGUGGUCAGGUAACUUUCUUCCAGAUCAUCUUGGCGAUACACAAGUGAAAAUGCGGAAUUAUGUGUCUGGUGCAUCGAAUAUUAUACGGAUUGAAGUGCAGAAUGCUGAUAUCAUUCAAGAUGAGAAGAUAAUUGACAACGGCAUUGGCAAGUCAGGAACAAAUUUCAUUCUUCUUUCUGAUGACGACACAGGCUUCGUGCCGUACAGAAUUGAUAAUUUCUCAAAAGAGACACUGCGAAUUUAUCAACAGAAGUGUGAAACUCUGGAAACUAUAGUCCAUCCAUACACUUCAUGCCCUUAUGCUUGGGAUGAGCCUUUUUACCCCCAUCGACUAAUUGUUGAGAUUCCUGGAAAGCGCACAUUGGGAUCAUAUACACUUGAUGAUGUUAAGGAAUAUCCACUUAUACAUUUGGCAUCAUCGUCAAUGUCGUCGAAGAAGCAUGAGAGGACAUUGCUUUCAUCAGUCUAUGCAGAGGGUGCAAUGAAGGUUCUCAUUAUCGUUGAUUCAAGCUGUCACGUUUUGGAUGAGGUGAAAAGACCAAGUUCCAUUUUAUCAGGGGGGAAAAAAGAAAGUAAAGAACGGGCGGACCUGUCUCUUGAUUAUAAGGAGAAGGUAUCUGUUCAGUUCUCUUUUAUUGGGAUCUCCUUGAUAGAUUCAUAUCCUCAGGAGUUGCUCUAUGCAUCUGCAAAGGACAUAAGAGUUGAUCUUCUCCAGAAUAUGGAGCGACAGAGUUUUUCUUUUCAAAUCUCAUCCUUACAGAUUGAUAAUCAAUUGCGUGGUACGCCAUAUCCAGUUGUUUUGUCUUUCGAUGAAGAUUUCAAAGGUGGCCUUGUCAGCCACAUGAGAAAUAAGGAUGGAGGAACAAAGACAAAAAUGGAAAGCAUGAUGAAUUACGCUAUUGGGAUUUCUUCUGAACCAAAGAUUUAUCUGGUGGCUUCAAAAUGGAGGAACAAAGAGAUGAUGUUGGUUUCAUUUGAAUAUAUAAACUUAAGGAUUGGAGAUCUAUGUCUUGAGCUUGAUCUGGAGCUGCUUUUAAAACUGCUUGAGUUUAUUAAGGCAAACCCUUUCUUAAACUCUGAUACUCCAACUUCAGUAUCGGUGCCUAAUGAUUUGUGCAAGCUGGGUGUAGUGGACAAGUCCUUUUCUUUUACUCCACAGAGUUCUGAAUAUCUGCGAGCAAUUGAAGAUCAGCAGCUCCCAAAGACUUGUAACACUUAUACCCUAUCAUUGCCAGAAGUAGUUCCAAUUGGAGCUCCAUGGCAAAAAAUAUACCUUUUGGCCAGAAGACAAGAUAAAAUUUAUGUAGAAGCUUUUUCUUUAGCCCCUGUUAAAAUGACGUUGAGCUUUUCAAGCAAUCCAUGGAUGCUCAAAAUGGCAGGUUUGUCAUCUGGCGAAUCUAUCUUCCAUAGAGGUAUCAUGGCUCUUGCUGAUGUUGAAGGAGCACAAAUCUGCCUUCGGGAAUUAACCAUCACACAUCAUAUGGCAAGCUGGGCAUCCAUUCAAGAAAUUCUUCUCAAGCAUUACAGCAAGCAAUUUCUUCAUGAGAUGUACAAGGUGUUUGGUUCUGCUGGUGUAAUUGGAAAUCCGAUGGGAUUUGCUAGAAGAGUGGGGCUUGGAGUUAAGGACUUUUUAUCUGUUCCAGCAAAAGGAGUUCUGCAGAAGAGUCCUUCUGGGUUAAUCUCAGGAAUGGCCCAAGGCACUGGUAGCCUGCUUAGCAACACAUUGUAUGCUAUAAGUGAUACUGCAACGCAGUUCAGUAAAGCUGCUCACAAGGGAAUUCUUGCUUUUACAAUUGAUGACCAUGAUGCGUCAACAAUGGAACAACAAAGAGUGGUUGCACCUUCUCAGAGCAAAGGCGUAAUAAAUGAACUGUUAGAGGGACUAACUGGUCUUCUCCAAUCACCUAUUAAAGGAGCUGAGAAGCAUGGACUUCCUGGUGUUCUGUCAGGAUUUGCCUUGGGAGUUACUGGACUUGUUGCAAAACCUGCUGCCAGUGUUCUUCAAGCCACAGGAAGGACUGCACAGAGUAUAAGGAACCGGAGUAGGCUUCACCGAACAGGAUUGCGUCACUUACGUGUUCGUCUUCCUAGGUCAUUGAGUGCAGAACUCCCCCUCAGACCCUAUUCUUGGGAGGAAGCGAUUGGUACAGCUGUGCUCUUGGAGAUUGAUGAUUCAAAAUACAGGGAUGAAGUCCUAGUAAUGUGCAAAUCACUGAAAAUUCCUGGGAGAUUUUUAGUUCUUACAGAAAAACUCAUAUUCAUAAUUGAAUGUUCUAGUCUAGUAGAUCUAGGCAAGUCAGAAUUUCAAGGCAUUGUUGCAGAACCGGAGUGGAAACUGGUAAUUGACAUUGCUUUGGAAAGUGUGAUACUUUUUGGUGUUGAUGAAGGAGUUGUGUACAUUGUUGUUGGAAGCAGUUCAGAAACCCUAAUUGGGCAAAAUCAACAUCAUCAUACGACUGGAGGUAGGACAAAGCUAUUGAGUAAACCUAUAACUCCACUUCCACUCUUUCAGACAGAAUUGGAAUUAGCUUCCAAGGAAGAGGCGGAGUACUUGCACAGAGUCCUUUCGUCUACAAUUGAGCAGGGAAGAGAUCAAGGAUGGAAGAAUGUACACCUUCUUCACCAAAUUAAUCUAAGACAUUGAAUGGUUCAUUGCUUGCUCUGUAAAUUUUUACUUGUGCUUUUCUUGUAAAUUUACACAAUUUUGUUUUUCGUUCUUUGGCGCCCUACCGAUAACAGAGCAAAAGUUUCUCUAGAGUGCACUCAGAUCGUAAAUAUACGGGAAUAUGUAAAUAUGUUUGCUCAUUUUAUAUUUUUAUCCGAAUUUUGUUUCCAAAUUUAACUUAGACAAAUAUAUAUUUAUCCUUGUCAUUCUAUCGUA